AGAACCUAAUAAUUGAACCGAUUCUUCUCCAGGAGAAGCGCCGCGUCCACCGUCUUCUCUGGCAGUCACGCCUCGUUUACGGUCUUCUCCGGCAGCCGCGCCUCGUUUACGGUCUUCUCCAGCAGCCGCCACGACCGGUCAGUUGCCCAUUACUAACUUUCCCUCGCUUUUGGCUAGAUUCUUUGUUGCUAUAAUUAGCUGUUGAAUUGCUGCAACUGUUCCUUUGGUCUAUGAUCUCUUAUGUGUUACUGCUUUUAUUACCACGGCCACGGAUUCAGGAUACGAUGACUUGUGUCGGUGAUAAAAUGAGUGAAAUUGAAAUCCUCGCACAUGAACUAGUAGUUGAGGUUCUCAAGGAGCAAAUCAAGGAACUUUCUACUGACAAGGAACAUAUUGAGAGCACUCUCAACCGUGUGACUAUGGAUCUGUCCCUCGGCAGUAAAGAGGAGCUUAGGUUAUCUGAGCUAUUUCACCAAUUGAAGGCUGAUAUUGAUAAAGAAAAGCUUCAUUUAUCUGAGCAAGUUGAAAAAUUAAAGGGUGUGUUGAAUGAUGAAAUAGCCCAGGGUCGUGCACAUGCCGAAGCCUCCUCAAUGUCUCUUUCAAGCAAAUUUAGCAAACUACAAGACUCAGCUUGCAAGAAGAUUUCAAAGCUGGAAACUAUGAUUCGAAAGAGCAUGGAGGAGAAGCUACUCACGGAAGCUGCACUUGAAUCUAUGAGGAACGAAUAUGCAAUGACGGAUUCAGAAGAGUAUCGUCAACUUCUUGACCGGUGUGAGGAGCUUGAGAACAAAUACAAGGAGGCUAUAGGAUCCUUGAUGAAGUCUAGCAAGGAGAAGAAGAGUCUUCAAGAGCGAGUUAGUAAACUUGAGGAAGAUCUCUCACGGGCAGGGCAACCCAAGUGAAGUUAUGGGGAAGAAAUAGGGGAAGAUGAAAAAGCAACUUGAGGGUGUUGCUGCCUUGAGGGUGUUGCCAUUCCAUUCUCUAAUGGUGGCUGUUUCAUGUAACUAGAUAGAUUCAUACCGCUCUCUUUAUCCUCCUCUAUUAAAAAACCUUCUUCUCAGACUUCUCUUACCAUUCACCGCAAAUGUUCAUUCUUCCCAAGUCUGCAAAACUUUAUCUCCGAGUCUCCAACGUCGAGAAAACGAGAAACCUACAACUACCAACUUCAAAGCAAUGAAUCAUCUGCAAGCGUCACCGAUGCCCAAUCGACUGAUGCCCUUUGAUUUCACAGUCCGCUCUGUGACGAUUAAUCGCCCGAGAUCGAAUCCCCUCUAAUCAACAUAUCAAUACAAU